AUGGCGCUCUGUGAGGAAGAGCAGCGCCGCGCCAUGGCGGAGGCGGCGCUCAGGGAGGAGCAGCAGCGCAGUGCCGCUCGCAAUCGCGAGCGGCAGGACGCGCUUAUGAAGUUAGCGAGCACACAGGUGCUUUUCAAUGAACGGGGGCAGGAGAUUUUCCGAGCGCAAGCGCAAAUUGUGUGUUUGGAACGGAAAAACAAGAUCCUCGCGGACGAGAAGAACGAUUUCAGCAGACAGCUUUCUACAGAACUCAUCUACUGCGCCUCUCUCAAGGCAGAUCUGAAGUCCAGCCAGGAUGAAGCCAUGCUCGAGCAGAAUGCGCUGAAGAAUGAAGUCCAGCGGCUUAAUGCAGGCUGGGUGGAGGAGAAGGCUCGAUCCAUCGCGCUCCAGGCAGCCACUCCAGUAAG